AUGGCCGAUCCUAUUUCAUUAGUAGCAAGGCCUUUUUUAAGUGAGAUCUUUCGUAUUGUUUCAUCCUUAAUCAGUGGGGAGUAUUCUUUGAUCCAUGGCGUGAAAGAAGAUUUGGAGAGGCUUUCAAGCCAUCUGACUUCUAUCAAAGCUGUGCUUGAAGAUGCGGAGAAGAAGCAACUCAACCAGCAACACUUGAAAGAUUGGCUCGAAAAGCUUCAGGAGGUUGUUUUUGAUGCUGAAGACGUAUUAGAUACUUUUGCAACUGACGCAAAGGUGCGCAGAAGAUUCCAAACUCCUUUAAGUAACACAGCCUACAAACAUGAUGUCGCAAAUAAGAUCAAAGUUAUUUCAAGAAGAUUUGAUGUCAUUUCUACAGAAAAAGAAAGAUUCCAUCUCAAUAGCCAAGUUGAUGUCGGAAAGCUCGAGACCCCAAACCACACGGUGUUUCAUAUGGUCCAAUCAGAUGUAGUUGGAAGGGAUGCCGAUAAAGAAAAUAUCAUAAACAUGAUGCUUUCAAAUGAAUACGAUAGAGAAGGCGAUGUCUCUGUGAUUCCCAUCAUAGGAAUGGGAGGCCUGGGCAAAACAACUCUUGCUCAAUUUAUCUUCAACGACGAGAAGAUAGCUCAUCAUUUUGAAUCUAGAAUGUGGAUUUGUGUCACAGUCGACUUUAACCCGACGAGGAUCCUCAAAGAAAUGAUUCAGUUCCAUUCUAAGGUGAAACUUGACGAAAGCUCUGAAAGCCACCUUCAUUCUCGACUUCUAGAGUUCUUGAGAGAACAACGGUUCUUACUUGUUCUGGAUGAUUUUUGGUUGGAGGAUUACAAUAGAUGGGAUCAAUCCUUGCUAGGUCUAUUGAGAAAUGGAGCGAAGGGAAGCAGAGUUUUGGUAACUAGUCGAAAUACCAGGGUUGUCAUAGCCACACUACCUCCAUACAAUCUAAGCUAUUUGUCUGAAGAUGAUUGCUGGUCCUUAUUCUCGAGGAUUGUAUGCAGGAAUGGUAGUUUGCCCGAGAAUUUGGAACGUAUUGGUAGAACGAUCAUUGGAAAGUGCAAAGGCCUCCCAUUGGCAGUCAAGGCAAUGGCAGGUAUCUUGCUCAAUCACACUGAUGAUGUAAACAAAUGGAAGCAAAUUCAAAAUCACGAAAUAUGGGAAAUAGAAGAGCAAGAGCAGGAAUCUGGAUUUGACAGGUUCAAGAUUAUGGCUAUUCUGAAAUUCAGCUAUGACCACCUACCUUAUUAUCUAAAGCAUUGUUUUGCAUACUGUUCCAUUUUUCCCAAGGCCUAUGCUUUCAACAAGAAAGAGUUGGUAAAAUAUUGGAUUGCACAAGGGAUUAUACAAUCUAGAGGAAGAGAUACAAUGGAGGAGACUGGAAUUGCACAUUUUCAUGAGCUCACAACAAGGUCAUUCUUUCAACUUUCAAACACUGAUGAUAAGGAUAUAUACAUCAUGCACGAUCUUAUGCAUGACUUGGCUCUAUCGAUUUCAAGCCCCAAUUGUUGUCAGGUGAAGGAUAACGACUCAUGGAAUUUCUCCAAACAGCCUCGUCAUCUGUCAUUACUAGGUAAAGAUCUCGAGCAGCCUAUGCUACAGAUUGUCAAAAAUGAUCAGAAGUUGCGAUCCCUUUUAUUUCCUAGUGAGGGCUUGAAAAGCUUCAGUAAUCAGGUUCUUGAAAACCUAUUUCGUACAUUGAAAUACCUGCGGUUGUUGGAUCUUAGUUCAAGUGUCAUCUUGGUAUUGCCUGACUCAAUUGAGGAAUUGAAGUUGUUGCGGUACCUCGACCUCUCCAGAACAGAAAUCAAAGUUCUCCCUGACUCAAUUUGCAAUCUCUACAAUUUGCAAGCAUUGAAACUCCAAGGGUGCCUUUGGCUUUCUGGAUUGCCCAAGAACCUUGGGAACUUGGUUAAUCUGCGACAUCUUGAUCUUGAAGAUAUGUUCUGGUUCAAGUACUCCUCCAAGUUGCCACCAAGAAUGGGGAAUUUAACCAAUCUGCAUAACUUGCAUGCAUUUCGCGUUGGCAAUGAGAACGGGUAUAGAAUUGAAGAAUUGAAGAACAUGGAGCACCUUUCAAAAACAUUGCAUAUCUCAAACCUAGAGAAUGCAGUUAAUGCAGGGGAGGCUAAGUUGAACGAGAAGAAAAACCUUGACAAGUUGACAUUUGAAUGGAGUGACAGGGUUCCCAACACACAAGAUGAAGCAGCUGAAAGGAGUGUACUCGAAGACCUACAACCUCACCCAGAUCUCAAAGAGCUCCAAGUUUUUCGUUACGGUGGCAAUGAAUUCCCGACUUGGAUGAGUGAAGGGCGACUCCAGAACUUGGUCAAGGUUACCUUGGAUGGUUGCGUAAAAUGCAAAACCCUCACUAUAGGCGAUCGACUACCAAAUCUAAAAGAACUCUACAUGAAACGUAUGCUGGAGUUAGAGAAAUGGCCGGAGGUUGAUUGCCAUUCCCUUCGUCGCCUAAAGUUUUCCAACUGCCCCAAUCUACGGGAGUUGCCCAGCAUCUUUCCAAGUCUGAAUGUCAUGAAGAUCAAGGUUGCAACUCCUUGA